CUGAAUAUUCUGGACAAUAUUACGGACACAAUGUGGUCAGUUAUAUAACAAACACAGAGUAAAAGACGUUUCGACAAAAAUUUAAUUGUGUUAUUAUCUUAUUGUUUAACCCAAAUUAUUGUGACUUAUAACAAUGAAAAAGGCGACUAUAAACACGUUAAUGAUUUUUAUCUUUGCGAGUCAAGUGCUACAGAUUUUCGGAAAUGUAACCGUAUUGCGCUCAUCAUUGUUAUCUAAGAACGCUACAUCAGUAAAAUUAAUAUGUGUCUCAGAAGAUGACGGCGGCGCUCUUGUGUGGAAUUACAAUUUAAUUGACAAAUUCUAUUAUUCAAAAAAUCACAAUUCGGAGUUUUAUGAUGAUUCUAACAAUAAUACAAUAAAUUGCAAAAUGAACGCAACCGAAGGCUGCUUGAAGUCAUGGACUAAAGAUAACUGGACAUUCACAAAUUCUCUUGUAACACCUAUGGGUCCAGUAUUAGAUCAAAGAUGGGAAGAAUUUGAGGAGUUGAUUUUGAGAAGUGGAUUUCUGAGAUUUAAUGGAACGCACAAAAAUAUUUAUAAUCAUGUGAUUACUAAUAUUAAUAUUACUAAAUUAACGUUUUCUUUUUCGGUUCGCACGUUCAAUAAUGUGCAUAUAUUAUUUUGUAACGAUAAAGAUAAUAACAAAGAUUCUUGUUAUUGGAUUGUAAUAGGAGAUAAUAAGAACACAAGAUCCGUUAUAAAAAAGUGUGAAACGGGAAUGCCUUUAGGCAGGGUACAGAAAAUGUACCCAAUGUAUUUGGCAAUGUAUUCGAAAUGCAAAGCACUAGACAGCUUUACGCACAAACCACUUUCUGUAAACGAAUGGCAAACAUUUGUUAUUACAUGGGAUUUUGUGAUGCAGAAGAUAACUGUUUAUGAUACUGAUAAGAUCAUUAUGACAUAUACAGACGAGGAAAAGCUUUUAUACUCAAGGAAUGAGUAUAAUCACAUAUUGAUUGGAAGCGACGCGGCGAUGUUGCUUCGAUUUCAUACAUAUAAUUUUUUGUAUACGACUGUCGAGAAUGCAAGUUUAACGAGUCCAAUUUUUCAUUUUAAUAAUGAAACAAUAUGCGUACAACUGUUAAUUGGACUCUGUGCCGAAUGUCUUGCAUAUGUAGAGUUGCGUGAUUCUGUGAACUAUAAAUUAUUGAAAACGUUUAUAGCAAAAGGCUCACCGAAAGCGUUAGGCUUAUCUAUGUGGCAGUCUGUUAAAAUUGAAACAAAUUUGACCAAUUAUAAUAAUUAUGGAGCGAUAAUCCAAUUGAUUCCUAAACUUAAUGAUAAACAUAGCUCAAAUCCGCUGUGGGCAAUAGCGAACGUUCGUCAAUGUCUCCAAAGUGGAAAUUUGAAAAGGAAUGUUAUAGAGGUUGAUCUAAAUUCGUAUACCCGAAUGAAUAUGACAUGUCAAAAAUUAUUUUAUGAUGAAUAUGCCGUUGUAAAUUCUACAUCACAUGACAAAUCGGACGUAAAUCUGGGUAAUUACUAA